AUGGCAGAAGAAAUACUAGAAAACAUUACCAUUCCCGCCGUUGUUUCAAAAGAUGAAUGCAUUUAUUGCUUUGAGUCCCCUUAUAAUGAACCAUUAGCUCUCAACGCAUCGCCUAAACAUUCAUUGAAUAUAUGUUUGAACUGUUUCCAAGCUACGUGCAACAGACACCUCCCGCUACAUACCCGAGUUACAGAAUAUGUUUGCGAUUCUCUCCACUCCAAUUAUUUAACUAUUGCCAAAGUGGAAAAACCUAAGCAAGAAACUGCAGACGAAAACAAUAACAACAAAAAAAUAAAACUACAAGUAAUUGAGAGGUCAGAAGACGAGACUCACAAUACUAUUUGGAGUUUGCAAAGAUUCAAUAAUGAGAAUAUUCCUAGAACCGUACUUUUGAAAUCUACAGACUCUGACAUCUCUUCUAUGUCCUUGGAGAAGGUUGAGAAAAUAUUAAGGGCGAAGUCACAAGAUUUCGAAGAUAAGAAGAAUUCCUGGGAGCUAGAAAUCAGCACCUGUCCGCAUACAGAAAAUUUCCAAAUUCCCACUAAGCCUGAGAAUGCUAUAAAUCUAAACCAAUGCUCAUCAUGUGACCUUACCCAGAAUCUUUGGUUAUGCCUACAUUGUGGCAACAUCGGGUGUGGCAGAGAACAAAUCGGAAUUGAUGGUCACUCACAUGCUUUGGAUCACUAUAGGAGUAAUAACAAUCAUCCUUUAGCUAUCAAACUAGGUUCAUUAAGCUCUUCAACCUGUGAUUUGUAUUGCUACGCCUGUGAUGAUGAGACAAGAUUUCCAGAUAACGUUAAUUUAGGGAGCGCACUACAAAUAUACGGAAUUAAUAUACAAGAAAAGAUUGCGGAUGAAAAGACUCUUAUUCAGUUACAAGUGGAACAGAACGAAAAUUGGCAAUUUAGAAUGGUCGAUUCUAGUGGUAAAGAAUUUGAAAAAUUAUUCCCUAGUAAGGAUUAUGGUUGUGGUCUGAUCAAUUUGGGUAAUUCAUGUUACUUAAAUUCAGUUAUACAAAGCCUGUUGAAUGGUGGCGUCCCAAAUUGGUCGUUAGAUUUCCUAGGAAGUAAAUUUCCUCUGGAUGUUGUAUAUCCUGGAAAUAAUUUAAAGUGUCAAUUGAUUAAGUUGCUCAAUGCCAUGAAAUGUGAACCAGAACUAUAUCCUAAUGGUAUCAAACCUACUACUUUCAAAAAAUGCAUUGGGCAAAAUCAUGAGGAAUUUAGUUCCAACAGACAACAGGAUGCAAUGGAAUUUUUGACUUUCCUUUUAGAUUUGUUAGAUAGGAAAUUUUUUUCGAGUAAUUCGUCAGGUUCUCCAAAUCCCAACGACUUGGUUAGGUUUAUGAUGGAGGAUAGAUUACAAUGCAAUAGCUGUGGGAAGGUUAAGUAUUCUUAUGAACCUGCAGAGGCUAUACAAAUUCCCCUAGAAGAGAAUGACGAACCUCAGGAUUUGUUGGAGAGAAUCAAAGCGUAUUUUGAAGGCCAGACGAUUGAAUUCAAAUGUGCCAAUUGUAAGGAAAAAGUUACAGCGAAUAAGAGGCCUGGUUUCAAAUCUCUUCCUCAAACGCUUGUUUUGAACCCGAUAAGGAUUAGGUUACAGAACUGGAUCCCUGUCAAAACAAGUAAUGAGCUUUCGUUACCAGGAUUAAUGGACAGGGAUGAUGUGCUUGAUGUCUCAUCUUAUUUAUCACAGGGAUUUAACCCACAAUCUGAGGACCUAUUACCAGAUGAGGAUGAAAACCAGACCAGUUUUACACCAAACCAGUGUAGUGUCUCUCAAUUAAUUGAAAUGGGGUUUACCCAAAAUGCUAGUGUGCGCGCUUUAUUCAACACAGGAAACCAAGACGCUGAGAGCGCUAUGAAUUGGUUAUUUCAGCAUAUGGAUGACCCUGAUUUAAAUGAUACAUUCGUCCCGCCCCCUACUGGCCCUAAGAAAGGGAAGGGAGAAGUUGAUGAAGUUUCAUUAACUUCAAUGCUAUCCAUGGGACUGAAUCCCAACUUAUGUCGUAAAGCUUUGGUACUCAACAACGGCGAUGUUAAUCGCAGUGUUGAAUGGGUCUUUAACAAUUUGGAUGAUGACGGAACAUUGUCCGAACCUGAAGUGCCAACUGAACAACAGCAGCAACAACAAAGGGAUCUUGGAUAUUCGACUGCUAAGCCGUAUGUUUUAACUGCAGUUGUUUGUCAUAAGGGAAAUUCCGUCCAUUCUGGUCAUUAUGUUGUCUUUAUCCGUAAGUUAGUAGCAAAUAAAUGGAAGUGGGUUCUUUAUAACGAUGAGAAAAUGGUCGCUGCCGAAAGCAUUGAAGAUAUGAAAAAAAAUGGUUAUAUUUAUUUCUAUACUAGAUGCUAA